AUGGACACCUCUUACCCCCGUGAAGAUAUAUUUACAUCACACCCAAAUAAGCCAGAUAGUCCUCACACUGCUGUCAAUAUAGGGGUCCCCCCAGUACCCAGGGAUCACCUGUUGUGGUCUGUGUGUAACACUGUGUACCUGAACCUCUUCUGUCUUGGAUUCAUGGCGUUGGUCUACUCAGUCAAGGCACGAGAUCAGAAGGUACAAGGAGAUGAACGCGCUGCCCGUCUCUAUGGCAGGAAAGCACGCUGCUACAAUAUCCUUGCCACUAUAUGGAAUGUCACCCUGCCUGCAUUGCUACUGGCCCUAUUCAUCACAGGCAUCGUACACCUAUCACAGGUUGUAAAUGCUUCCAUUGGCCUCUUCAACCUUCAAAGCUACAUGGGCAGUACUGAAGAUGAGAACAAGUAACCCAGAAGCCUUUAUGUGAUAAUUAAAGCAGAUGGGCAACAACUGCGUGUACUUUGACCAAACGACAUAUACAAAGGUCAAUAAUACCAAACAUAUCACUUUACUGACC